AUGGACCUUGACGAGGACGUCGACCCAAAGCCGAAUCCCGCAACGCUCGACUUCAACAGCACCCGGAGUGCCAUGACGCCUGGAAGCCAGAACGACGGUGCUAAACCUCCCAUCCGGCGCAGAGCUCCCAUCGCUUGUCGGAGAUGCCGUCGCCUGAGGAGCAAAUGCAUUCAUGAGAAGGCCAGCCCGCCGUGUAAAGCGUGUGAAGAAGCAGGGCUGGGUCCUGCCGAUUGCGUUUUCCCAGCUCGCGGUCAGCCUGACCAUGAUCGUCAGUACCGCCAUCCCCGAACGAGGGUGGAAAAGACAGCCAAGCGAGACCCGAAUAAGGUCCGGCGUGACGUCUUGGAUGCGCCCAUCUCACGUCAACCCACAGCACCUCCUACAUGGCCGCAGCCUGCCGACGACUGGGAUCUUCUCCCACCAUUACCGGAGGUCAUCGAUGCCGUCCGCCUCUUCACGCGGAAGUACUUCCAGCUGGGCUUUAUUCCGAAGGACCUCUUCCCGCAGCGUCUUCACCGGGAUCACCGCUCUGUCAGCGUGUUUCUUAUCCUUAGCAUCCUGAGCAUCUCGGCCCGGUUCUCACCGUCGCUCGCCAAGCGAUAUGAGGGAGAGAUCAAAGCUGCAGAUUAUUUCAUGGAACAGGCCAGCGGCCUGGCCUUGAGGGAACUGUAUCAGGAGCCGACGCUUGAGAGGUGCCAGGCCUUUUAUCUCUUGAGCAUUGCGCAGCAGGGUAGCGGCUACCGAAACAAGAGUUAUAUUAACUUGGGUAUCGCGACGAGAUUGGCCCUGUUGAUGCAUCUUCACAGGGAAGAGACUUACGUACUAUCUAACAACGCAACCAAGGAGGAAAUUAUUAAUGCGGAGUCUGCCCGUCGGACCUUGUGGAUGCUUCAUAGCCAGGACAAUUUGCACUGCGGAACAAAGUCUCCUACAUCGCUUGCUGCCAGCGACAUCACUUGCCUGCUUCCGUGUGCCGAGGAAGAAUUUGCGGAUGGACGACAGCCUCGGUACCGCGCUGCCCUGGAGGAUACCCCCCCAGCGCGUGACGACGAAAGACUUAUCCACCAGCCGAAUCGCUCUUUAUUUGCGACCUUGAUUCAGGCACAUUACUACUGGGGGAAAGUGGCCAGGGAAGCCACCGUAUCAGCUAAAAGUCCUGCUCCAUGGGAAGAUUCCAGCGACUUCGCCGUUAUGGCCCGAAAGCUGGAAGUGUGGGAACAGAAGCUCCCAGCAGGCCAUCGCUGGAAUCACGAUCUUCUGCUGGAAUACAAGGAAGCUGGUGAAGACCUGGCUUACAUGAAUGUCACUAUGAUGACCAAGCUAUGCAACAUCGUCUUGCGAAGACCAUAUCUCGACGAAGUCAUUCAUCCUAACGUCGAGGACCCCCAACGUCGUUUCUUUUUUGCGCACAUGUCUGACGAUCUCUUUCGCAAUGUCCGUGAUCUAUACCAGCAGAUCAAUGUCCACUUCUCGGCACAUGGGAAGGACAAGAGCGUUGGGGCUCAAAUUGCUUCGUUCUGCGUGUACAGCUGUGGGUUAUUCUCGACGUAUCUGUGCAAGUAUAAGAAACAAAUUUGCUCCGAUAUGUCUAUUAUCAGGGAAGGCCCCAACAUGCUUCAGCGUUGCAUGAGCAUUCUCAUAGAUUCCAAAGAGGUCUGGCCCCUUGCGUCAAGGUGGCUUGAGUCACUGGAACAGUUCUCCAGAGACCCCAAAGCGGCUGUCAUGAGCCUGGAGCGCGGAAUGGCUGAUGGCAAUGACCGUGCUCUGCGUUCGAUCCGGACAAUACAAACCUCGUCAUUCUCUAGGGACUCCGUCAUACCGCCUUUGGCCUCUGAUUUAGCCACACUUGGAUAUCCUAGCCAACCCUCACUACGACGCAGCUCACACGAUUUACAUGGCAUAACAAAUCAACCAUCAACGUCCCAACAACUCCCUGCACCGCGGCAGGAGCAGCUUUAUUAUUCCGUUCAAACGUCUCAACAUUCCCAGCCGUCCUAUCCUUCGCAAAUGUAUCCAACGCAGCAUGCAACCUGCGCUCAACCUCAACCGUUUCCCAUUAGUAUGCUUGUUCAGCCUCCUUUUGACCAAUCCAACCAACAACACCCUAGGCCCUCUCAGCAGACGGUACAGACUCUGCAAGCUUUCUCUCCUCACCCGAAUGCGGUCCCUAUGACCCAUGCAGCGAACCCGAAUUCACUCGCUAUUUCCCAAUUGCAACAACACGGUCAUCAAUAUGACGCAACGCCGAGCUCCUGGGGUGUCCCAGCCACCUCCACUUUGACCACGCUCGGCCCAGGUACUGACGGCUUCGAAACCGAGCUGGUGAAAUGGUCCGGCGAGGGCGCCGAAGCGGGAAAUUGGGCAACCCAUGGAGUCGGGAUGAUUUCGUACUGA